UUUUCAAUUAAAUUAUUUUUAAUAUGUAUUUCUAAAUAAAUUUAAUUAUUUUUGAAAGUUAUGCCGACAAUUGCUGUUAAGAAACGACUUUUAGAUAAACAUUUAGGCACUUGUCUGACACAAGAGGAAGUGGAUGAACUUUGUUUUCAAUAUGGACUUGAAUUAGAUGAUGUGUUAACUGAAAAAAACGAAGCCACAGGGGUUGAUGAAGAAAUUUAUAAAAUUGAAAUUCCUGCCAAUCGUUAUGACUUGCUUUGUGUUGAAGGAUUGACUAGAGCUUUACUUAUAUUUCAAAAUAAAAUAAAAAUUCCAUCGUAUAAAUUGUCAGACGUUAAGCCUUUGACUAUUAUUGUUGAAAAAGAGACCGCCAACGUACGAAAAUUUGUUGUUGGUGCAGUUUUAAGAGAUAUUAAAUUAGAUGCUGACAUUUAUUCCUCUUUUAUUGAUUUGCAAGACAAAUUACACCAAAAUAUUGGCAGGAAAAGGACGCUAGCGUCUAUUGGGACUCAUGAUUUGGAUACGAUUAAAGGGCCUUUUAAAUAUUGUGCUCGAAAGCCUGAAGAAAUUAUUUUUAAACCUUUAAAUCAAAAUAAAGAGUUUAAUGGAUUGGAAUUAAUGGAAUUUUAUAAAGAAAGUCAUCUAAGAGAAUAUUUACCAAUUAUUAGAGACAAACCUCUUUAUCCAGUAAUUUAUGAUUCACAAGGAAUUGUUUGUUCUUUACCUCCAAUAAUUAAUAGUGAUCAUUCAAAAAUUACUUUAAACACAAAAAAUAUUUUUAUCGAGGCUACUGGAACUGAUUUGAAAAAAUUGGAAAUUGUUUUGGAUACUGUUGUUACUAUUUUUAGUCAAUAUUGCAAGGAACCCUUUUUGGUCGAGCCUGUUGAAAUUGUUGAUGGAAAGGGCUCUUGUGUAUAUCCGAAAUUUAAAGCCUGGAAGGGGAAAGUGGAUGUUAAAAAUAUGUCAAGAAAAAUUGGAAUUGCUCCGAUUAACGUUGACAAAGCAAUGAAUUUUUUGGCUAAAAUGUCUUUGACCUGUUCGAAUGUUGAAAAGAAUGAAACACAAAUUGAGGUUAAAGCACCUCCAACAAGACACGAUAUUCUUCAUGAAUGUGAUUUAAUUGAAGAUUUAGCCUUAGCUUUUGGUUAUAAUAAUAUUCCUCCAUUAUUGCCCCAAUCAAAUACAGUUGCCGAACCUUUUAAUUUAAAUAAACUUUCUGAUCAAUUGCGUUUACAAAUGGCAAUGUCUGGUUGGACUGAAAUAAUGAAUUUUGCUUUAUGUUCUACAGAAGAUGUUGGAAAUAAAUUGAGAAGACCUGAUUUUGAAUUGAAAAGUGUUGUUAAAAUUGCAAAUCCAAAAACUUUGGAAUUCCAGGUUGUUCGAAAUUCUUUACUUCCCGGCAUUUUAAAAACAAUUUCAAAUAACAAAGAUAUGCCUCUUCCUUUAAAACUUUUUGAAGUUCAAGAUGUUGUUUUUAUUGAUAAUAAUAAAGAUACAAAAUGUCGGAAUGAGAGGCAUUUGGCAGCUGUUUUUUAUAGCAAGAAUGGGGCUUUCGAAAUAAUCCACGGACUUUUGGAUAGAAUAAUGCAAAUGUUAAAUGUUAAUUAUAUUGAGAAUACUAAAGAUUUUAAUGGAGAAAUUAAAGGAUAUAAAAUACAACAAAAAGAUGAUCCAACUUUUUUUGAUGGAAGAUGUGCUGAAAUUAUUUAUAAAAAUCAUUCAAUUGGCACUUUUGGAGUUCUUCACCCUGAGGUUAUUAAUUCUUUUUCUUUAGUCAACCCUUGUUCUGCAGUGGAAAUUAAUAUUGAAGAAUUUCUUUAA